UGUUCAACUGUUCACCCGAGUGGUUUUUCAAAGCGGUUUUUUUUUCAACGAGUUCCAGUGCAACUUCCGUCAAAAAGAUUCAAGAGCUGUUGGUUCCAAGUAUUCACGGGCGUUUCAUGAAUUUCCGUCUAAUAUUGAAUGCAAAUUGGAAUUAGACUUGUGUCUUUGAUCACUCAUCAUGAUGCGUUAUUGGGGUGAGAUCCCUGGACCUGCAGGGGCUCCUCCCAGUCGCAGCUCCUUUGACUUGCUCCAACGUGAGUUUCGCUCAGUGGAGAUGCAGGACCCUCCCCUGCACCAGCCCUCAGCUCAGCGUCCACGGCCCACCACAAUGCUGGACAUCCCCUCAGAGCCCUGCAGCCUCACCAUUCACACAGUGCAGCUGUGUCAGCAUGUCCGCCGCCUCCGUGCUCUCUUGGCAGCAGCACAAGCCCAGGCUCAGGGUCAGAGCUCAGGAUUCUCUGAGGGUGGUGGCAAGCUGGAGGAUGCUGAUACCAACCUGCCGCUGCGUCCUCCCACCCCACCUGUGAUGCCAGAUGACCUGCUACCUGCGGACAGCAAAGCCCCACGGCAGCCCUUCCAGCUCCGCCACAGUGACCCUGAAAGUGAUUUCUAUAAGGGUAAAGGCGAACCUGUCACAGAGCUCAGUUGGCCCUCCUGCAGGCAGCUCCUGUAUCAGUCAGUGGCCACCGUGUUGGCCCACUCUGGCUUUGAGUCGGCACAGGAGAGCGUACUGGAGACCCUGACGGACCUGGUCCACGAGCAUUACUUGCGCAUCACCCGCCUCCUGCGGGUGGCGGUGGACCGGGAGGCUCGGCAGGGAGCCAGUCCCUUCCCAGAUGUGGUGGAACAAGUGUUCCAUGAGGUGGGCAUCGGCAGCGUACUGGCCCUGCAGCGCUUCUGGCAAGUGCGAAUUAAGGACUAUCACAGCUAUAUGCUGCAGGUGAGUAAGGAUCUGUCAGAGGAGUACGAGAGACUGGUGAACCCGGAGAAGGCUCUUGAAGACGCCAAACCCCCGAGGAUUAAGGAGGAGCCCAUGAGUGAUAUCUCCUUCCCUGUUAGCGAGGAGCCCGAGGCCGACCUGGCGUCAGGGGAUCAAGCUCUGCCCAUGGGGGUCCUCGGGGCCCAUGGUGAGAGGUUAACUUCGGGCCUGGAUGGUGACCAUUCUCCUCACACAUCAGGUGGAGGUGGGGCCAACAACUCACCGCUGUGGCCACAGGUAAAAAUGGAACCUCAGGAUGGUGAGGAGGGCCAGGGUGCCGGCCAUCAUCACCACCACCACCACCAUCACCACAGUGUCCUGGGUGGAGAUGUGUUCGAAGAGGGGGGACCCAUGUCCACCAUGAGCGAGUCAGGAGGAGCCAUGGCGCCCUCUCCAGGAGGAGCGGCGUCAGAUGGCAGCUAUGCUUCGCAUUCGCCCGACUCCUUGAUGGGGACCUCGCCGGUCUUCAAUCAAAGACCCAAGAAACGGGCAAAGAAGAUGUGAGGACAUAUUUUUGAACUCCGAACUGAACAGAACCAGCAAGUCUUCCACAUUUGUUAUCCUACAGUGAAAGAACAACAAUCUGCCAGUGUGCUGCUGAAAACACACCAGCUUUUCAGCAGAUCAUAGACUGAGACGUUAAUGUGAAGAAUGAACUGAACUAAUGUGGUAGAAAAAAUUGUAUUUUGUAGUUUUUCAUUUGUUUGUAUCGUUUCUUUCAACAUAGCUUAAUGUUGCCAUUAAACUUAUAUGACUGGGGUUUAAUGUCAAAAGAAUAAACUUCUUUUGAUGUAUCAGUUCAUUUGAGUUAUGAGGCGUUUUUCAGAAAACACAGAAGGAGGGUUACAAUUACCCUAAUAAACUGAAAAACAGGAAAAAUCGUAGCAGCCCGAAAGCAAAUAAUUCAGUUGUACAACUUAAUAAUUCAGCAAAAUGGUUUGUUUUCCCAAGCUAUUAAGCCUCGUUCUCCUCACGUACCAAUUACUGCCUGUGCCGUUCAUUACGAUUAAAAGAUGCUCCAGCAAAAA